AAUCGGUAGGCCGAUAUAUCGGCAUCGCCGAUACAACACGGCCGAUAUCAACCAGUUCGAAAAGCGCGCGAAACGAACGACGCGUGCGACGUUGCCGCUCUUAGCGUCGCCUCGCGUCAUCUCAACGGUCGCUUGGGCCGGCCAACACACUGUCCUUCGGCCCGGCCCCACCCAGUGCUUGCUAAGCUUUGGUUGAGACAUGUCGUGUUUCUGUUUACGUUACGUCGCCGCUUUUAUUUCGUGAUUAAUUUUGUUUAAUUAUUAACACUGACUAGUGAGGACUGUUAUAGUAUUUAUUGUAUAUACAAGAAAAUGGCAACGCCAUUAAAACGUACAAGUUCCAUCUGGAACCAUUUUCAAAUAAAACAGGAUGAUGAUACAAAAGCAACUUGUUUAUACUGCAAUGUCAGCGUUUCUCGUGGUAGUAAGGCAGUUUCAUCGAAGGGCUUUACGACAUCUAACAUGUGGACACACGUGAAGCGUUAUCAUGAAAAGGAGUUGAAAAAUGACACCCCAUCUACCUCGACCGCUGAGGCCGGUCCGCCACUCAAAAAACAAGCUACUUUGGAACACAUUCUGGACAAAAAUGUUAUGUAUGAUACUGAUGACCCCAGAGCAAAAGCGAUCACGCAAACGAUAGCUGAACAAAUAUGUGUAGAUAUGGAGCCGUUCGAUAUAGUAAAUAAACAGGGGUUUCAACGCACCAUUAAGCAGUUGUGCCCGAAAUACAAAAUGGUUUGCCGUCCACAUAUCUCUGAAAAUGUGAUACCAGACAUGUACUGUCGUGUGAAAUCGAAAUUAAAAGAACUUUUGCAAGAUAUUCCGCACAUAAUUGUUACGACUGACUUAUGGACUAGCGACGCUUCUGCGUUUGUAAACGACUUUAUAAGUCUGACUGCUCAUGGAGUGAAUACAGUUAUAUGAAGGCUAGUUAUAUCCAGGCUUACAGUUAUAUGAAGACGAAGAACUGUAUGGAAUUCUAACCGGGAAUAACGAAGAACUCUUAAAUGAGUUAAGCGAUGCAAGUGCGAACGAGGAUGCAAACAUUGUCGAUUCUCACGCCAAUGAACAGAACGAAGAUCCAGAGGAAGAGUCUUUAGAAGAAACAACUGGCUGGUUUCCGGGUAAUCCCAGUCAGAUGUUACAGAUACCAUUUACGGGGACAAGUAGUAUAUUGCAGCCACAUGACGCAGAGGUCCAAAGUCCUUUGGAUUAUUAUUUUUUAUUUAUGAAUGCCCGCUUUUUAAAUUUAAUAUUAAAAUGUACAAACAAGUACGGUAACAAAUUGAAAGUAGAAGCGACAACUGCACGUUCUCGCUUUAGCAAGUGGACCGAUCUAAGUGUCGCCGAAUUAAAAACUUUUAUUGGCAUAAUAUUACUAACGGGCACCAUAAAGCUGAACAGAAUGGUGGACUAUUGGUCCACUCAUUAUUUUUUCCGUCUUAGUCCACGCCUAUUUAUGUCUAGGGAUAGGUUUUUUUUAAUUUUAAGAGCUUUGAACGUACAAGAUAUCGAAAGGACGGAGAGUAUAUUUAAAAUAAAAUCUUUGAUAGAUUUGUUCAAUGAGACAGUUGACGCCGUAUAUUACCCAUUGAGAGAGUUGACAAUUGACGAAUCUCUUAUUUUGUGGAAAGGGAGACUAUAUUUUCGUCAAUAUAUCAAAGGCAAAGCCCAUAGAUACGGCAUUAAGCUGUACAUUUUAGCCGACGCCAACGGUAUAAUUUUAAAAAUUCACAUGUAUGCAGGAUCCCAAGACGUACAAGUAGGAGGUAGAAACCACGUUAAAAAAGUGGUGCAUCUGCUCAUGCAAAAAUAUUUUGACAAAGGGCAUGCUUUGUAUUUGGACAAUUUUUAUACCAGCGUAGGGUUGGCUGAUGAGUUAAUAGGCAAAAACACGUAUGUGACUGGUACCCUAAGACCAAACCGUAUAGGAAAUCCAAGAGAAUUAAAAAUGUGCAAAUUAAAGCCUGGUGAAUCGUGUAUAUUACAAAACAAUAAAAAAAUUGUCGUCACCAAAUGGCAAGAUAAACGGGAAGUAUUAUUUAUAAGUACUGAACACAAAAGUAAUUAUAAAGGGACUACUAGUCGCCGUGUACGCACAAUAAAAUAUAAGCCGGCCGUACAAAUAAAGUAUAAUAAAUAUAUGCGGGCAAUAGAUCGACAUGAUCAGAUGCUAAGCUAUUAUUGCUGUGAGCACAAGACCCUGUGCUGGUACAAAAAAGUCAUAAUACACAUAAUCCAAAUAUGUUUGGUGAAUGGUUAUUUACUUUUCAACGCAAAAAACACUACAAAUAAAACUUCAUUAUAUAAAUUUAUAAAGAGUGUAAUGCAAGAAUUGUUACCAAUGCCCAAUGUACCAGAACUUUCUCGUCCUCUAUCACAGUCAAAAAUACAUUUACCCGCCAAUUUACCAAAGAGAAGUAAUAAUACCCUAAGAAAAAGAUGCAGAGUUUGUUACACAAAAACUAAAAAAAGGGUAUCUGUUAUAACUGGCUGUCCCGAUUGCCCUGGAUUCCCAGGCCUGUGCCUUAAUGAUUGUUUCAGAGAAUUUCACAAAUAUUGAAAUUCUAUGUUAGUUAAUCGGAUCUGAUGUAAUGAUUUUUAAUAAAUAUUAUCAUCUAAGUCAAAAUUUGG